AUGCAGCGAUUCCGCACCACGCUGACCGGGAGCGGAAGCGAGGCGUGGCCAUACGCUCCCGAGGACAAGCUGUACAUGCAAGAGCUCUCGUUGUGGGUCGACGACUCGCUUGACGAGCCUCACCUGUCGUUCUGGAUCCAGACCCUGGAGCCGUAUCUUGUCUUGUUCCUCGACCUCGACAGCUCAGGCACGACAGGCGGGUCGUACCGCGGCACCUCGAUCGGCAUGGACGUGCGGUUGGAGGUCUUUACAAGCACUGUUGUCGUGGGCGCUCACAAUCCGAGCUUCCUCAAGUCGUCGGGCUCGAUCGUUGGCCCGCUCGCCUAUCCGCCCACCGGCGACGCCUUUGAGGUCAACACCACGACGCCGUUCCCAGCCACGCCCGACGUCAGUGUCAUGCGUUUCUCCAUACCUCUCUCGGUCCUGCAUGGUCUCGUUCCGGCGGGCACGCCGCUUGCCCUCGCACCCCCGACGCUUAUGCCGCCCUAG